AUGAAGCUGACUGAUUCUACUAUCAGAACUUUUAAACCUGUGAAAUAUUUCAAGGAGAAUUCAGACCGUAUCAAUUCCCUCAGUUAUUCCAGUAAUGGUGAGACGCUUAUUUCUAGCAGUGAUGAUGAUCAGAUGGUGACUUACGAUUGUUCUAGCGGAACACCUAAACGUACACUUAACAGCAAAAAAUAUGGAGUAAACUUGAUACAAUUCACUCACAGUCCGACGACUGCAAUUCACGCUUCAACAAAGAUUGAUGAUACAAUACGUUACCUUUCUUUGCAUGAUAACAAGUACAUCAGGUACUUCCAGAGUCACACUAAAAGGGUCGUUUCGUUGUGUAUGUCACCUAUUGAUGACACGUUCCUGUCUGGUUCAAUGGAUAGUACUAUUCGUUUGUGGGAUUUGAGGUCACCUAACUGCCAUGGUGUAAUGCAUGUUUCUGGUCGACCAACAGCGGCUUUUGAUCCAGAAGGAUUAAUAUUUGCAGCGGGGAUUAAUUCCGAAUCUGUUAAGCUCUAUGACCUACGAUCAUUCGAUAAGGGACCGUUUGCUACGUUCAAAUUGGGUAUGGAAACAAGUGGAUGCAUUUGGACCGGUUUACAAUUUUCCUCUGAUGGAAAGGCUCUUUUAAUAACGACUAACGGAACUCAUAUUCGUCUAGUUGACGCAUUUAAGGGAUCCCAUCUGCAUACAUUAGCCGUUAUACCAAAUACUGACAGACAAACGCUACAUGCCAGUUUCACACCAGAUAGUCAGUUUGUUUUAAUUGGUUCGCCAGACGGAGUUGUACAUAUUUGGUCUGUUGAAACUGGAGUACGUGUGGCAAGCCUACCAGGUUAUGAAGCUGCUACCCAGUUACCAAACGCUGCUAUUCAUAGUCUCGCUUUUAAUCCCCGGUUCGCAAUGCUAGCUACAGGAUCUAACCAAACGUCGUUCUGGCUUCCAGCUCUUGAAGAGUAA